UUUUCCCCAUUUUGUUUUGGUUUUUGGGUUCCGUUCUGUUUUAGGGUUCUUUUUGGAAGUGAGCUUCAAAAAAAAACAGCAGAUGUGUCUUUUACGGAUCUAACGGGUGUCAUUGUAACAUGGAAAAAAAGUAACUGGGCAGAGAAUGUUAAUUCUUGGUGGUAGAAUUGAAGGGGGGAGCGUAGAAUAGGGGUGGGGAGAGUGACGUUGGACUUGGCAGCAUUUGGGGAAACAUCAUUUGCUAUGGAGCUACUUCUCAGGUAACCAUUAGAGGAGAGGAAGGACAUUUCUGGGCAGAGUAUUAACGGCUGCAGCGUAUGGAGAAAGCUGAGUUAAAGAGCCAGUGGCUGUAAGCAAGGCGCUAGUUCAUCCUUCCUCCAGCUUCUGGGGCUUGGGUGGUUAAAGAAAAAAAGCAGAACUAUGAUUACCUUUUGUUUUUCAACUCUGGAUAGUAACGGGAAGGAUGCUUUUAAGCAGCAUAAUUGGAAGAGGUGGGAAAGUGCGUUCUCAGAAGCACUUUGGUAAAAUACUGGAACAUAGGAAAAAAAUUUGCAUCUCGCUUGAAGCGUGAGUCAUUUCAGGCAAUUUGGCCUCGGGGUUGAUUAUCUGCCAGCCCAAGCCACCGGUGCAGAUGGUGGAAAGAGGAAAAGUGUGAAAACUGGCUCUGUAAAUUUUUUGUUUUCUUUUUAAUUUGGGGUUGUAGGGAGGUGGAAAUUACCUGAACCAGUGGCAGAUGGCUCCUGUAGCAUCCCAGAAGCCUAGGAACUGUACAGCUGCAGACUGCCGAGGCAGCUGAGCAGCAGCAGCGAUUCUCACGGCAUCUCGCAGACUGGUUUCUUUGACGCUACUUUCUCCUUACUCUGUGACUAAACUCUUUUGUCUUCAAGUGGUGCAUAUUCUAAAAUACCGUUACUCUUAUUAUGCCAUAAACUCGCUCUAGUCAGUGAAUGUUCCUAAUGCUGCUGAUUCAACAUUGAAAUAUUUUUUUAAUUUGCAAUACAUGCAAUGUUAAAAGAAAAAAAAAAAAGAAAAAAAAACACAAAACACACACACACACACGUUACGUGGCUUCCGAGGUUUAAACUGAAAAAAAAAAAUUAAAAACUUCAUGACCACAGACCACCUCAAACCAGAAAUACCUCAGAAUUUUCUACUUGUAUGAGUUUUAUUAUAUAUUUUGUUAGUUGUGUUGUCUUGUAGUAAGUAUAUUUUAAUGUAAGUUGGCUUUUAUGACA